AUGCGUAUACACGCACUUCUUCUCUUCUUCUUCAUCUUCGCACUCUCAACGACACGUGAGUUUGAGAUCAAACAGUUCUUUCGAGAGAUCAGUUGACUGCAGGAUGCGCCGCACAAGACGAGAACACAGAGGACGUUUUCGACCGACCGCUUCAAAAGGAAGAUGUUGAGAUGCCAAAAGAAGAGUUUAUGAAUGAAGGGUGAGCGGCAGGGAUUACUGUAGUAUCCAUUACGUAAUCGUGAAGUCGGAAUAUUCCAGAUCCGACUCAUUCGUGACUAGCACAGAAAUGUUAGAAAUGAGUGCGAACGACACUUCUCUGGAAGUGAAUCCCAUCCAGAAGACGUCUGUUUUCUCCCCGAUUACCCCGCUGGAAGGAGCUGUUUUCAAUUUCUCACAAGCAACGAUCGAAGAAGACAGCAUGGAAGACGUGGAUGACAGUUCGGAGAAGACGACAUUCAAGACGACGACGACGACGGUCCCGACCAGCACGGUCACUCUGGACGUGAUCACUUUCAGUUCUCUGCCCAUCGAAGUUGAUGAGGUGGCUGACAGAAGGGUACUGAAAGAGAAAGAACUGCCCACUCCGACGAAACCAGGUGAGAAUGAGAGAAGAAUUUCCGAUAGACGGAUUGAAUAUUCAGUGACGACGACCACGCAGUCCACUUCUGCAGUCAGUGAUCCUUCCGAAACAGACGACGAAGGAGAGACUCCGUUCGACCAGAGUGCUCUUGAAGGGCUCUUUGAGCAGGAUGGAAGUGUCAUCGACUCCUCCCUCACCACCGAUCCCGCACCAGCAUUUCCGAUUCUCAAAAUGAAGGAGGAGGACUCAAAGAUACUGUCGAAUCCUAGAGAAUAUUCGACAGAAGCCACCACAACCACUCAACAAACGACUCCUUCUUCUACCACAACUACGUAACACAUUCAGUCUUUUCAAGGGUAAUCUUGAAGUUUCAGUACCACGGAAGCUGCUACAACUACAACUGAGACGGUCGAAAUUCCAACAACAGAACUGGCUGAGCCAACGACUUCUGAAGAGGCGACGACGUCUUCGGAAGAGACGACUACGGAAGAUAUCGCCGCCACGCCUGCCCUCAAGAACUCUUCGAAAGUGUUCCUUCCGGCGAAGGCGAUCCGCACUCCGAUCACUUUCCGAAUCGUCUCUCUAGAGUUCUCUCCGGACUUCAAUGACAUCCACAGUGGUCCGUCGAAGAAAUUAUCGAAGGAACUGGUGCCGGCUGUCGGGGAAUUCAUCAAUUCGAUUGCGGGAGCGGACAACUUGGUGACUGUCGAAAUCAAGUCGUUCAGGAAGGGAUCGGUCGUCGUGGGCGCCGAUUUGCUCACGAAAAAGUCACUCGGGGAUGCUCAGAUGGCUGUGAAUCUGUGAGUAUUCAGAAUGAAACACAAUAAUGAUGUGAGGAAUUUCAGUCUCGAGGCAGCUUUCUCCAGAAACAACUCCAUGGUCUCCGACUACAAAAUAGACAGUUUGAGCGUGACUGUCGACGGUAAUCCACCCAAAAAGCUGUCUUUUCGAAAGAAAGCGUUUGCAGGAAUGACGUCACAAGCGUACAUUGAUUCCAUUUCCACACAGACCGCAUCUUAUUCGCUCUCUUCUCUCAUGAUCGUUAUAAUCACUUUCGCACUUGUCAUUAUCUUCGCCGUCGCGUUGUUCAUCAUCAUGGUAGAUAGUCAAACGAAAGGAAUGUCCGGCCCAAAAAAGUGUGUGUUUCUUUUCAGAUCACCACUAAACGACGACGUCAAUCGACGAUGAAGCUGAGUUUGGAGGACACGAUCCGAAGCAUCACUCCCGAUUCGAACGACACUCCACACAACGUUCAUCUGUUAGUUAUUUCUUCCUGCCUUUCUUUCCUCUUUCAUUCCUUUUUUUCAGAAUGUCCUACGGAACGACGCCUCGAGCUUCUCAGAAGGCGGGACCGAUCACGAAGACGCAAAUCGACGAGACGAGUCCUUCUAUGUACUGA